AUGGCGUCCCACCCGGAACCUGCGCCUCAGCCAAGCUCGUCCAGAUCCAUUCAUCCCAUCAUUUGCAACGUCCUCCGCUUAUCGCUCUCCGCGUCCGAGUAUAAAUCUCUCCAUGAGCACCUCAUAAAACGACUCCCUUCCGCGGUUCAGAAUCGAGCAUUACAACCUUCCGCAUUCAAGGAAAUUGUUAAAUCCCAAGACAAAUACAAUGAAGCCGCCCUCCGCGCCUCGCUACGCGUUUUCUUCGCCGCCGGGGGAGGCAUGAAGCUCCUCGAAUAUAUCACGCAGAAGCUGGCGUCAAGAAACAACCCAAAUGCCCCUAAACCCUCGAAAGUUCCCUUCCGCCAAUCUCCGGCAUUUCGCUUAUCUUGUGCGCUAUCUCUUACCCUCCUUCUACACCGUUUUCUACACCGAUUUUUUCUUCGAUUGCGCGCGUUCUUGCGAACAGACGAUGCACGUCCGUUCCGCGCUCGUAAUCCUAGAGUUUCUAUAGUCUUGACGUCCAAAUAUGCGCCCGCAAUCGGCGCCAGUUUGGCCGGCUUUGCACUUGGUGCUUUCCCCCAAAGCCGGCUCCGUCUCACCCUGGCAAUUUACAUGUCAACCCGAAGCUUGGAAUUUUUGUUUAAUGAGCUAGAGGCGCAAGGGUGGUUCAAAAAUCGGCCGUGGUGGUUUGGGAGUUGGCUGUUGAUGCCGGUUUCCUUUGCGCAAUUGUUCCAUGCAUUCGUAUUUGAUCGAGAUACCGAGCCGAAGUGGUUUGGUGACUUUAUUCUAAAGUUUUCCCCUGGACAUAUCCAUCAACGCCCAGACAACUACCCCGCUAGCCGUCAUUGGCCAAACCAAAACGAAUCUGUGGAUGCACUGGCAAAAAUAUCACAACUAAAGUGGCCCGCCUUUAUCUCCCCAAUCCUCCAUCCCUCGAACCCAAAAGUCCUACCUGAGUCCCUCAAAUCCAUAUCCGCCAUAACCUCCCCGGCCCACCCUUCCAUCCCCUCCUUAUCCUGCGCCCUCCUCCACCCCAAAUCCCCUUCCUGCUUAACAGCCUCCCUCCACCAGACCCUCCUCUCAAUCCCUCUCCUCGCCCGCUUCCUCACAAAAGUCUACCUAGCCCUGGCCCUCCUGAAAUUCCGCACCUUCCUGGCCCACCCAAUCCUAUCCACCAACGCCAUCUGUACAAAAAUCCUAUCUAGAACUGCCGUCCUCUCCGCCGCCUUGGGAUCUGCCUGGGGCAGCGUGUGUCUUUUCAAUUCCCUCUUUCCCCGCUCCUUGUUGCCAACGCAACGCUUCUACCUUAGUGGUGCCCUUGGGGGUUUGCCAUUUGCCUUCUUGGCAGGAGAGGGCAAUCGGUCGAUGUUCCUCUAUUUCUUCCGUGUUGCUGUUGAUUCUGCUUGGAGAACUGGGACGAAGCGGGGGUUGUGGCGUGGGUGCAAAGGAGGUGAUUUGUUCGUCAUCGUUGCGUCGUGGGCGCUUAUUGGGGUGUUGUUAGAGAAAAAUCCUAGUGCGGUCGACGAGGCGGGUGUCCGGAAGGUUCUUGUAUGGUUGCGGGGCGGCUGGUUUGUGGACCCCGUCGAGAUUGGUGGUUCGAGAAAGAAAGGGAAGAAGACUGGUGUGGAGUGA